AUGGGGGAACCUAGUAGUCCACAGGAUUCCUCAGGCUAUCUAGCAGAAAGCCGACAAGAUGCUGUGCGCGGUGUUGCGGCGAUAUUCAUCGCCCUCGACACGAUUGUGAUUGCGAUGCGAUUUACCUCGAAGCGAAUUGGCAGUGUGAAAUUUGGAUGGGACGAUGCAUGGAUUACUUGUGGCUAUCUCUUUUCGAUCGCGAUUAUUGCUUGUUCUCUGGUCGACGUUGAUGCGGCCGGCUUGGGCCUGCAUGAGGACCGGGUAUUCAUGAUGAACCCCGAAGAUAUAGUCUUGUGGGCUAAAUUGACCCUAAUAGUCGCAAUCCUCUAUCAACUUGCGGUGGUGUCGUCGAAAAUGGGCGUUCUUUUACUCUACCUGCACAUAUUCGAUCGACGGCAACUGCGGUUCGUUUGUUACGCAAUCGCCUGCAUUGUGGUUUUGAACUGCGUCUCUAGCAUCAUUGCUGUAUUAUUAAUCUGCAUCCCCUUGCAUGCCUUCUGGGACCAUUCUCCAAAUGCGAACUGCGUGGACACGAACUCACUUUUUCGGUGGACAAGUUUCGCCAAUAUCGUGACCGAUGUGGUCAUGCUUGUUCUACCAGUGCCGGCCAUCUUCAAAAUGACCAGCUCCAUCAGUGUUAAGCUGGGAAUCUUCACUACAUUGGGUAUGGGCAGUGUUGGUCUUGUCUUUUCGAUUCUGCGCUUUGCCGAAUUCUUCACUGUGGAUGCAGUUGUCGAUGUGACGUGGAGCGGGACCAACCUGGUUAUAUGGACUAUGAUUGAAAGUAGUAUAUACUCGAUUGCUGCAUGCCUUGUUGCGUGUCGUCCACUGGCCCGGUAUCUAUGGAAGAAAACACCCUUUGGGACUAGUAUCGACGAUGUCGAAAUGCAGCCGUCGGCGCGACGAACAUUCACAAAUAGUGACCAUCAAGAUUACAGGCCGCGACCACUGUCGGGAUUUUAUGGUCUCGACUCUGAGGUGGACGACGUGUAUGUUGGGGAAGCUACGUCGAAGGAUGUCAGGCGAUCAGUAAAUACCACAGACACGCAUCAUCGGGUCGAGAUAGGGGAGACGAUAUGA